AGAGAUCUCCCGUUCUGCGCCUGGAGACACCUUGGGCUGCCAGCGGCUGCCCGGGCUGUGACCGGUGCAGAGAAGUUUACGCCGGGGUGGCUUCACUUUCUCCCCGAAAAGGCUAGGGCGGGGUGUGUGUGUGGGGGGGGGGGAGGCGCACAGACUCACUCCACCAGCUUUCCCUGCACGUAGCUUCAUCAGCGGCUGAGACAGCUGCCCGGUACCCUUUGCAGAACAAUCGGGCGCCAAAGACCGAGUUUCCAGAUGUGCCCCACCGUUCCAGAUGUGCCACAGCUGUAGGCAGCCCCACCUACCCAAGCCUUCGUGACCGGUUGCCACCUGGCCCCAGCGGGCUAGACUCUUCACGGCGCUGCUGAUCGAGGGGGACUCCCCACGGCUUACCUUGGAGCGGCGGAGAGAGGGGAAGAUGGAUGAGGUCCUGUACGCGGAGGGGAACAUAGACUCUCUGUUGCCCCCCAACGCGUCUGCCAAUGAAUCUGAUGCCAACCAGUUCGCGCAGCCCGCUUGGCAGAUCACCCUCUGGGCCGUCGCCUACUCGCUCAUCGUGAUCGUGGCGGUGGUGGGGAACAUCGUGGUGAUGUGGAUCAUCCUAGCCCACAAGAGGAUGAGGACGGUGACCAAUUAUUUCCUGGUGAACCUGGCUUUUGCAGAAGCCUCCAUGGCUGCCUUGAACACCGUCGUCAAUUUCACCUAUGCCAUCCACAACGAGUGGUACUACGGGCUGGUCUAUUGCAAGUUCCACAACUUCUUCCCCAUCGCCGCGGUGUUUGCCAGCAUCUACUCCAUGACGGCCAUCGCCGUGGACAGGUACAUGGCUAUUAUCCACCCAUUGCAACCCAGAUUGUCAGCCACAGCCACCAGGGUCGUCAUCGGCAUUAUUUGGUUCCUGGCUUUAUUGCUGGCAUUCCCGCAGGGUUAUUACUCUAUGACAGCAGAGCUUCCCAACAGGGUGGUGUGUCUGCUGGAAUGGCCGGAGCAUGACACCAGGGCAUAUGAAAAAACGUAUCAAUUCUGCGUGACUGUGCUGAUCUACUUCUUGCCGCUCCUGGUGAUAGGAUGCGCCUACACGGUGGUUGGCAUCACUCUGUGGGCUAGUGAAAUACCCGGCGAUUCUUCUGACCGCUACCACGAGCAAGUGUCUGCCAAGCGAAAGGUGGUGAAGAUGAUGAUCAUUGUGGUGUGCACGUUUGCAGUCUGCUGGCUGCCCUACCACGUCUACUUCCUCCUGCAUUUUUUUAACCCCGACUGGUACCAGGAGAAGUUUAUCCAGCAGGUCUACUUAACAGUAAUGUGGCUGGCCAUGAGCUCCACCAUGUAUAACCCAAUCAUCUACUGCUGCCUCAAUGACAGAUUCCGCAUUGGCUUUAAGCACGCUUUCCGGUGGUGCCCUUUCAUCAGUGCUAGGGAAUACGAAGGGCUGGAAAUGAAGUCUGCCAGGUACCUCCAGACCCAGAGCAGCAUGUACAAGGUCAGCCGGAUGGAGACAACUGUAUCCUCCGUCACUGGCAACACUGAGGAAGACAUUGAAGAGAGCAACAAAAUUAAGCGCCUGUCCGUGGAUAUGACAUCCAACGGCUCCUCCCGCAGUGACUCGAAAACCAUCUCUGAGAGCUUCAGCUUCUAUUCCAACACGCUGUCCUAAGCUGCCAUCCAACCGAGCAAGGGUCAGAAAAUAUUGCAUAUACCGAUGCCCCAGGUCUCCAUUAACCAUAUAUCCAGGUGUGCCUGUAUUCACCUUUUCCUGAUUAAGAUGCUAUGCCUUGGUUGUGACAGUAGCCACCUCUCAACAGUGUGCCUGUCUGACCCAGUGUAAUUACACUGGUUAACACCAACAAUAUCUUCUUUCUCUAUGGGAUCUUGCUUGCAGUCGUUUGCGAGGCUGAAUGCUUAACAGAUGCUGUUCACUGAAAGCAGAUCUUAAUUUAGGAUACAGCAUUGGUAGAUAUCAGAACCUGGCCUGAAGUGAUGCUGUUCAUUCUCAAGCUAUGCUCUGUCAUUGAUCGGUGUCUGAAUGCAAUAGAGAUUUCCACUGGGGGGGGGGCGAGAGGGGAGGGGGCUUUUUCCAUCCGCUUUCCCCACUAUUUUUGUUGUCCUACCUCAUCCCUUACUUGCCAUUCACUUGUUGCUGAUUAACAAAAUGGAGAAAUGGUAUCAAAAGAGGAAGAUGGUUGGUUCAUAAGUCACCAGCUCUAAUACAAAAUGAGUGUCCACCUCCACUAGCUUAGUUGGCUACGCUACAGCAAGGCUGCCUCUAUUGCACAUGGUGUGUUAAACACAGAGAAUUUCCGUUCCUUUUAGGUGAAGGAAAGAUUGAGCUCUUGAGGUUUAUUGCUACCAUGCCUCUCUUUUUAUUCUCCACUGCUCAACUCUCUGUCAAAGUAUAUUUCUCCUCCUUCUGAGGAUCCUAUUUGUAGUGUAGUCCAGCAUUGUUUACUGGAUUCAAGUUAAAAUUGACCAUGUGACACGUUCAGCUUCUUUUGUUCUUACCCCUGAAAAGGUUCUAGCACAACCUUUGAUUUCAUCUGUUCUCCUAGACUCAACUCUUUGCAUGAUCCUAACCUCAUGAUGCAAAGACUUCAUCUCAGAUCUGCAGUCAUAGAUCUUGAUGAACCAAGCCAGAAGCUUGGGUGUUUGCUCUAGCUGGCUGGCUCUGGGGGUUUCAGAUACACCUCAAUCCAUUGUCCUCGCUCUAAUUCCUACACACAGCUAAUUCGACACUCUAGAGCUUGGAAAUGCCCUUUGUUUAAAGUUCUACAUGGGGUUUGUGGCUUCUAUCAUUGUCAUCUGGAUAGUCCAAGAGAUGCACAAUACCAAAUUCACUGAUACAUUCUUCCUUUUUUAACCCUCCCCAACACCCACCAAAUUAUUCUUCAUAUAUAAAGGGAAAUACCGCAAGAAACAAAAUGUCUUUUUUAGCCCUAAUUGUCAGGAAAUAUAGUUUGCAAACAGGCCUUCAGCAGUGCACACUUCCCAGCCUCUCAAAACAUGUUUGGGUACUGGUCCUGUACAUGGCCUGGGUUUUCCCUGGAUGUUUCCCAGUUAACUGCUGACCAGACCUGACUAUGCUUCAUUUGGGACACCAGAGCAGCAAGAUCUUCAGAGAGUGCCAAGAGACAUCUGUCUCCAACACAUGCAAUUGUGAUUGGACAGUAGAGAUGGCAAAAAGCAUCUUUUGAAUGAACGAAACCUCAGAAGUGUGCAUGUGGGGCUAGACUAUGGAUAACGAGAGAGAUAGCAGUAGAUAGUGCAUGUAGACAGAUGAAGGCUUAAUGCCAGUGGAAAGUAAUUUUGUAAAUAAGCAUGGAAUAAGGGCUAACAGGAAAGAAUAUCAUGUGUCAUCUAAUACAAAUGUACUAUGUAACUGAAAGGUACAAGGAAUGUCUAACAUAUUUACAAACAAAACCUGCUAAAAAGGAAGUGGUAUACGUCUAUUGUGGAAGAUGCUUUCCAGUGUAUGCCUUGCAUUUCAACACCAUUACAGAAGAACCUCAGAGUUACAAACUGACCAAUCAACCACAUCUCAUUUGGAACAAAGUACACCAUCAGGCAGCAGCAUAGACCAGAAAACCCCCCAAACAAAAUACAGUAUAGUACUGUCUUAAAUGUAAACUACUAUAAUAAAGGGAAAUCAGCAUUUUCCUUCUGCAUAGUGUAGUUUCAAAGCUCUAUUGAGUCAAUGUUCCGUUGUAAACUUCUGAAAGAACCACCAGAACGUUUUAUUCAGAGUUACGAAAAUUUCAGAAUUACAAACAACCUCCAUUCCCGAGGUGUUCACAACUCCGAGGUUCUACUGUAGUUGCAGCUUGAAAAACUCUGAUUUGUUAAGAGACUGAAAUACCUUGCAGAUUCAUGGGUGGGUCUAACUGUGGGGUAGGGAAAGGACUGCCUAUCCUUUGGUUAAAUCCCCUGAAAUGUAUGGAAUUAAGUCAGAGAUUACAUUUGGGAGGUACUUUAUUAUGCAGCCUGUGAACUGACCGCAGGAAGAUAUAGCUGUUAAAUAAAUCCCCAUCCCAAACUGGUUUUCAUAGAUGGCAGAAAUACCUUUAUUUAAUUUAAGUAAGGAUACCAGUAGUAAGUUCACAGAUUUCUCUCAUGGUUGUUGCUAGGUAGAACUAGAAAGAGCCACCCUAUCCUUUUUUAGUCUACAUUCUGCCAAGAAGGACAUAUCAGCCUGCCAUUCUUUACUGUGAUGACCUUAUAAGGUUAUAGGGUGCCACACUUUGUGUAUACACUUGCUACAGUACCACCUCCUAUAUAUUAUUAACGUCUCCUUUCAUCCAAGUCCUGGUUGAGACUCUCUCUCAUGCUUCCAGUCUUGUGGGACAAGAGCUCACACUCAUUUUCCCACUGUCGUCGCCUUAUUCUUCAGAUCAUUUUCUAGUAGUUUGCAUGAUGUGGGGAAAAGGAGGGGUCACAGAUGAAGGAGAGGAUUUUUUUUUUUUGCAUGCAGACUUCAGACCCACUGCUUGAAGUCUGACCCUAUAUCUACACCACUUGAUAUCAUGCUGUCGUACAACAUUUAAGUACCCAAUGCACAGCAUAAGCCCAGUGAACGGAAAUGCCUUAGUGGGAUAGUAGUAAUGUAGUUUAUGAUGCAAGCAAUGAGUUUUUGCUCUGACAAAGUUCUGUGGAAUUGAUCUUAUCAGAGGUUUUUAAAUGGAUGUUGGAUAAUAUCCUGUUUUUGCAAAAUUUAUCAGAGCUGCACUGCCAAUACAUAAAGAAGGUGCUGUAAAAGCAGGAGUUCAUUUUUAUGACAGUUCAGAGCAAAAUGCUGGUUGACUUAUUCAGACAAGCAGCCCCAAAAGAAAUGUCAAAUCAAAGUAAAACCACAUAAUUCAAAGUAAAGCUCUACGUGAGUACAUACAUGAGUAAGGCAAGCAAGAUUUGGCUUAUACUCCCAACAUUAUAUACACAAAAUUUGUGCUGGGCUGGUACCUACAGGUUGACCUUAAAAAACAAACACACACACCUAACCAGCCUACAUUCCUGCAUGCUUUAUGCUAUAGUGGUUCCAUACUUACAAGGCUCACAAGGAGAACAAGAAUUAUGGUUUUCUUUUAUCAGUGGCCUACUUACAGUAAGUUUACAACCAACACUAGAUGUUAAACAUGGGAGAGCCCUAAGGACAUGCAUAGGGAUAAUAAAGUCACCAUAGUUCAUAACACAAGAUACUUCUUGUUCAUACUUCAGCUUUACAAGCAACUCUGUUCAUACCCAAGUGUUUUUACUUGGAGUAAUAACUCAGUGAGAAAGUAGUAAGUAAUGUUACAGUUUUUCUGGUGAAAUCAAAAGUGAUGGAAUACACAAUCAUCAAUAUCUGUAUGCUGUAACUGUUUACAGAGAGUUUUGAAUAGUUUACAAGGUUAGAUCGGGGGUCAUUCUUAUUAAUAUGUGUGUGAACUGUAUCAUAGCUGCAGGCCCUAAAAUAGAUAAGUACAAUAGGGCAGAUUCCUGGAGUUCAGGGGCUGUUCUUCAUGGCUAGUCCUCACACACGGAGACCAAACAAGAUGACAUACAAAUCACAAUGCCAAAGUGCAGCAAGGUCACAACCUCAUGAUAUAAAGACAUCAUCUCAGAUAGUCAAAAUCAAUGUCUACAGAACCAAGCCGAACAUGGUGCAUUUGCUUUAGCUGGCUAUCUUUGGUAGCUUUGGAUAGGCCAAUGGACUGACCCCUAACUCAAAUUCCCACACAAAGCUGAUUAGAUCUUCUAGCCCCGACUGUGGGCUAUACCAACUCACUAACACAUUCUUCCUUAUAUAUCCCCAGACACCCGCCACGUUACUGUCAGUGAUCAACAUACAUACAGCAAGAAGAAAAUUAGCAGCUCCGUCUUAUUUGCCACUAUCUAGAAUAAAUUUGCAGAGAGGGGAAAGGGGGUAGCUCAAGUGAUAGGUGUAACCCAAACUGCCAUUACUUGUGGCCCAUGCAAGAGAAAUGCACUUAGCUCUAUGCACUGGAAAGGAUGAUCUGUGGCUAACAUGGUCUUCAGACUACCAUUACCAACCACACAAUGAUCCAAAACUAGCUGCUUGGCUCAUUUUGAGACAUUAGCGUUUCUACUAUGCCAACCCAACAGUUCCCAUUCCUGUAUGGAAGAGGAGUGUCUACAGUCUUCUACAUUUAUGCAACAUAGGUGAAGCCCACUAGCUCUUGGCAAUCUGCCCUGAGCUGGGAAAGCACAGUUGCCUCUCAGCUAGAAUAAUCUUGCAGGAUUUUAUAACCACAAUGGGCUUCAUGGACCUAUUCUACAAGAUUCAAUCUUCUUCCUGUCCUUAGAGAGAAACAUCCAGACUCAAAUCUUUUAAUGUCAUGUUCAUAAUUUCUCCACCCCAUAUACUAUAUAAAGAAUGUCACAGCCCAAGACUCAACGAUUUGUCACCUUGUCAGUCCAUUCACAAAAUCCACAGGCCAGUAUUUUAAACGAUCUGAAAUGGUUUGCAUGCAGAUGGCUGAAUCACUGUAAAACCUCUAGGCUGAGCUUCAUGAUGCCCUGGAGAAGGGGGUAAUAAAUCUGAGCAACAGCUGGAGAAAGGUAAAAGAUCAUAGUUGGCUUUCCCUGAGAGACUGGGUUUUUUUUGCCUUCCUCUGUAGUGUGGGGCAUGGGUCACUUGCUGGUUGAACUAGAGUAAAUGGUGCAUUCUCUGUAAUUUGAAGUCUUUAAAUCAAGAUUUGAGGACUUUGCUAACUCAGCCAGAGGUUAGGGGUCUAUUACAGAAGUGGGUGGGUGAGGUUCUGUGGCCUGCAAUGGGUAAGAGGUCAGACUAGAUAAUGAUUUCAUUCAGUCCGAGUCUAAACUUUUAGCCCUGGACAACAUGAUUCUAAUUCUGUGCAAUAUGAUACAUUCA